GAUUCCUGUUGUCUGCAAGGCCAGCCUUUGCAAGGCUUGUGCUUAUAUAGAGAGGCAAACCAUACCGGUUAAGCACCAUUGCAGCAAAAUUUCUUUUCUCUGAAUCUCUCUUCCGUUUCCAGAUACAUAGAAAGCACACCACACCAUCCCCCAUUCCAGCCAUGGCUAGCCAGCAAAACUUCUUUUCUCUCUAGGCGAAGAUCUCUUCACCUUCGGCUACCAUUGAAACAAUGUUCGAUGACUUCAGGAGGUGUGUACUUGUGUACAAUAGCAUCGAGGAGAUCAUAUGCACCCAAAUUAUCCUUUGCCAGAGCAACAAAGGUAAGCUGUGGAGCUCGAGCUACGGCACUAUCUUGCACUGAUCGACAUCUGCAAUGCCAUCCUAGAGAGCUUUUCUUAGCUCAAGACAAGCACUCAGGAAAUUGCAUUGGCUCUCAGACCAAGAUACAGUCCUUCAUCCGUCUGACCAAGAUGGCGCCAAAACAGUGGGAGAAGAUCAACAAGAAAUCUCCUUCAGCUGACAAGGAGGGUUGCAGGGUGGUCAAACUGUUGGCUGGAGCAAGAGAGGUCGUUGCUUCAAUGCUUCAGUCACCCACGCGGCUCCUACUGAAGUAAAUUGCGAUGCUGAGUAUAACAAGCGGUAUCUUGUCUCUAAGUUCACUUCUAUGCAGCAAGGAGCAAAUACUGAAACUGGAGUUUCGUUGUUCUUAGGGCAGUGCUUAGACUUUGUUGAGGAGAUUGAUCAGAGCAGAGUUCCUUUUCUGAAUGAUACAUUACCUAUGGUUCCAGAUACCGAUCUAUUAGAGGAUCAGUUUACUGUUUAUGCUGCUGAUAGCUUGGACAGCAUCUUCAAGAAAAAACUACUCUGGAGCAUUUAACUCAGACGGAUCUUCAGAAAAUACAGUUACUCAGAAAUGCUCAUCAUUGCUGGCCGUCAUACAAGCUAAUACUCCCUCCGUUCCAAAAUAGAUGACCCAACUUUGUACUAACUUUGUACUACAGUUAAUAUAAAGUUGAGUCAUCUAUUUUAGAACCAUACUGUUCAAACCAUAGGUAAUAUAAACUUGGUACCAUACUGUUCAAACCGAGUUUUGGAAUGUUUCUCUACAAGAUGGCCAUGUUAUUCAGAUGCCAUGUGUUGCUCAGCAACAAGCAAAGGAUCCUUGUACAGUGGAUCUUGCUAUCCAUGGCCAAAUCAAGCCAACUCGAAUAUCCAAGGUUCAGCAAGCAAGUAGCAUGGGUUGUGCGACACAUCACACCUAUUCAAAUCAAUAAAUAUAUAAUAACUAGAUAACACGUAUGCACCAACCCAUACUCGGUUAGGACACCAUGCAAAAUUAUGUCAAGAUCCACCAAUAGAGCAAACCACCGGUUGAUUCUUGUCGCCAAUUAAUGGAACAUGACAAUGUGAUAUCUCAUUGGAAGAAUAGCUACUGCACUAAAGAAUUUGAACUACACAUGGGCUAAGAUUCCAAAUGUUGCACCAGAUCUCACAAACUUGGUAUACAAAACUGUGGAGAUGAGUUGGCAUGAUUCCUUGUGUCUACCAUUCUAAUGGCGCUGUAUCAUACAGUUCCUCUGUAUAAAUAGGCCUGAGAAGAAGGCUAAACACAUCAAACCGAAAGGUGCUCUCUCAUUCUCAUAUCUUCAAACCUCAAGUACUCAACACAGAGGAAAGAGUCUUAGCAACAGAUAUGGCUUGCCAUCUUAGAUCAGUUAGUUUGCCUUCUAGGCCUCACACCAAGGUUGAAGAGGAGCUGCUCAGCCUAGAGGCAAGCAUCUCUUCACCCUCCAUGACCAUCGAGACAAUCUCUGAUGGUUUGAGGAGGCUUGGAGACAUCUACAGCACCAUUGAAGAGAUCAUGUGCCUUCCAAGCAAUCAAAUUUGCUCUUCCCAGCAAAGGAAGAUGUUGGAAGGUGAAACCGAGUGCUCCCUUGAGCUACUGGAUCUCUGCAAUGCUAUGCAUGAGGACUUCACCGAGUUGAAGGCCAUUAUCCAAGAUCUGCAAGUGGCGACCAGAAAAGGAGAUGACACCGCUGCUCAAGUCAAGAUCCAGUCUUACACCCGCCUGGUGAAGAAGGCGAAGAAACAUUUCAAGAAGGCCGCGAAGAAGGUUACAUCUGAGAAGGAGGACUGCAGGAUGGUCAGGCUGUUGAGCGAGGCUAGGGAGAUCACCGCCUCUCUCCUCGAGUCAACAGUACACCUCUUGUCCAAGCAAAUCGCAGUGCCAAAAUGGUCUCUCGUCUCCAAGGCAUUCCAGAAGAAGAAUUCGGUUGUUUGCAAGGAGGAGCAGUUGCAGGUCCUAGAGUGCAGUGUUGGAGAUCUUGAGGCUGGAGCAGGAAUUCUGUUCCGGAGAUUGCUCCAGAGCAGAGUUACUCUCCUAAACAUUCUUAGCUCAUAGAUACUCUUCAACAUGUGCUACUCUUGCACCGUGCGAUUGGCUUCCACCUUUUAAAGGAUUGCUGAUCUUUCUCAGUGUGUGUAUAUAUGUAGAAAUGUACAGAAUACUCCAUACAGAAAGGAAACAAAAGUUUUGAUCGAA